CUCAACGGUGAAGGAAAAACUUCCAAACUUCAGAGAUGGCAGAAGUCGCUCCAGCCCCCGCCGCCGCUCCGGCAAAGGCUCCCAAGAAGAAAUCUGCGGCCAAAUCGAAAAAAGCUGGCCCCAGCGUGUCCGAUCUUAUUAUGAAAGCGGUUGCCGUUUCAAAGGAACGCAAAGGGGUAUCUCUUGCUGCCCUGAAGAAGGCUCUGGCUGCUGGUGGUUACGAUGUAGAAAAAAAUAACUCCCGUGUCAAGCUGGCGCUGAAAUCCUUGGUCCAGAAAGAAACCCUGGUCCAGACGAAAGGAACCGGUGCUUCAGGAUCAUUUAAAUUGAACAAAAAAACGGAGGGUAAGAAGCCAGCGAAAAAAGCGGCUCCUAAAGCUAAGAAACCGGCAGCAAAGAAGCCAGCGGCAGCCAAGAAACCGAAGAAGGCGGCUGCUAAGAAACCAGCAGUCAAGAAGUCCCCAAAGAAAGCCAAGAAGCCAGCACCGGCUAAGAAGGCUGCUAAAAGUCCGAAGAAAGUGAAGAAGCCCGCCGUGAAGAAAGUCGCGAAAAGCCCCAAGAAGACCAAGGCAGCCAAGCCAAAAGCUGCGAAACCGAAGGCCGCCAAAGCCAAGAAGGCAGCACCCAAAAAGAAGUGAACGGCGAUUUUGACAAAAUUUUUCAAACCCAAAGGCUCUUAUAAGAGCCACCACAACUUCCAGAAAAGUGCAGACCAAUUCCAUUUUUAUGGUGUGUAAAUGUUUUAGUUUGUAUGAAUGUUUAUGAGGAUAUAUUUUAUGUAAUCGUGCACUAAAUUGCACAUGGCUAGCUGGCUAGCUAUAAAUGUUCUAAUUGUAGGUAUACUCGCUAUAUUUAUUUGUCAUUUAUUUACUGUCUGAUAAGCGGAGGUAGACUGAGCAUUUUAAUUUAACGAUCCCCUUUGCUAAAAAGAGCAUUGAAUGGUAGGCCUACUUAAAGCACCUGACACGAAAUAAUUAAAUAAGCUAGCAAUACAUGUAGAUCUAAUUAAUCAGACCAGUCUGUUUUUAGUAGGCUACUUGUAGGCUAACACUGGUACCUUUAAGUUGACUAAUAUUUCUGUGUCCCAUAAUUUCAGGACAAACCCCUAUUGGGAAAAACACAACGGAGCUAUAUUAACCUACACGUCAGUGUUUUAGCAUACAAAGUUCUCAAACUGGUACAUGUUAAUACAAUGUGUCGGAUGUGCGACAGCUAUCUCGACAACACGCGACCUUUAGUUACGGUACACAGAAUCUGUACAGAAGUAUACCUGUAGCCUAAAUUGUGUGUAUUUCAUAUAAUAUUUUAUGGACAGGACGGGACUUCUAUUAUACCGUUUUGUUUUGAACAAAUGCGCCAAAUUCAAACAAUCCAAUCACACUGGAACCUUUGCCAUAGCCAGUCAGCAAAUGGGAACCGCCUCUUCAAAUUUAAACAAGCCGAAAGCUACCUAUUUAUACAGCGAUUUUGUACAUUGUACGAGUAAUGCAUCCUUUUGGCGAUCAGACUGGCAUGUGAAGAAUGUUUAUUAAAUUGGACUUUUGGUGUGUG